GACUAUUGCUCAGUCGGUGCGGACUGAUGACGUAGAGGGUGGGGCCGGAAGUGUCGCUCCCCGGGUGGGGGCUGUUCAUGGCGGUUCCGGGGUCUCCGGCACAUUUACCGGUUGUAGGGUUGAGUCCGGCCGAAGUUGAGGCGGCGGAGCUCGAGGUCUUUGCUGGUGUGAAAUGACCGAGUACAAACUGGUGGUGGUCGGAGCUGGCGGUGUGGGGAAAAGCGCCUUGACCAUCCAGCUCAUCCAGAAUCACUUUGUAGACGAGUAUGAUCCUACGAUAGAGGACUCUUAUCGAAAGCAAGUAGUUAUUGAUGGUGAAACCUGUUUGUUGGACAUACUCGACACAGCUGGACAGGAAGAGUACAGUGCUAUGAGAGACCAGUAUAUGAGGACAGGCGAAGGCUUUCUCUGUGUGUUUGCCAUCAACAAUAGCAAAUCAUUUGCAGAUAUAAACCUCUACAGGGAACAAAUUAAACGAGUGAAAGACUCUGAUGAUGUGCCUAUGGUGCUGGUGGGAAAUAAGUGUGAUUUGCCAACAAGGACAGUUGACACAAAACAAGCUCAUGAACUAGCCAAAAGCUAUGGAAUUCCCUUCAUUGAAACCUCAGCCAAGACCAGACAGGGUGUUGAAGAUGCUUUUUACACACUGGUAAGAGAAAUACGACAGUACCGCAUGAAAAAACUCAACAGUAGCGACGAUGGGACUCAAGGUUGUCUAGGUCUCUCGUGUGCAGUCAUGUAACCAAAUUGAGUUUGGAAUUUCAUCCUCAGAAAAGAGCCACCUUUUGAGCUGCACUGAUACCCUGGUCCUGACUUACCUGGAGGAGAAGUAUUAAAUACUCAUCUUCAGUCUCCCUGUGAAGCCCCUUGCCACUUUCCCAGUGCCCAGUAGUAGAUCAGCACAGAGUUCUCUUGUCUGUUCUCUACUUGAGAAGUUCUCAGAACAACUACCUCCUCACUCAGUUGUCUGACCAGAGAAAUGCGCCUCUCCUUACCAGUAUGUCUUCUCCCUGGGCUUUUUCUCUCUGGGCUUUUUGUUUUUUUUCCUCUCUAGGUUUUUCAUUUGAAAAGAAAUUCAUGCUCUGAAACAGAGAACCAAACUGUCAAAAUACUGUUGAAAACAGCAUAUUGAGCUCCAGAGUACCAACUGCCAGUGAUUUUUCUUUUUUAAUGUUGAACUUGGACCUGUGUUGAUAUUUGGAGCAAUGUUAUGAAUAACUUUUGUUGAAGUCACUGUCUGGUUUUGUUUGUGAUGUUUCCUGCCACAUUUGCUAACCUGGCAUCUGCUCUUUCUAUCCCCAGUAUGAAAGCAUACUCCAAGCUCAGCUGUAGUACCUGUUGCUAAUAUUGAAUUUUAUGUCCACUCUGGUUUGCCUCUACUUUUAUGUGAUUAGAAACGCCUUUCCUAAUGAAGUGCCUUUUUCCUAGAAGUGAUUUGUAGAAUUUUCCCAUUAUAUUCUAUGAGGAAAUCAUUCAAAGGAGUUGGUCUCUCAUAAACGAUAAUACAUUAAGAUGAAUAUCAGAGUGUCUAUGGCCAGUCCCCUUGUGUAGGAUGGAUAGGCAAGCAUGUCUGAUAUCCUUUAUCUUUAUAAUCUCAGAUAUGUUGUGCCUGGUUUCCCAGUGACCUGUUUAUGGAAUCUCCAGGGAGAAAUCUGAAACUAGAAAUAUUUAAGAAACUUUUUACUUAGUCUCCACUUUUUUGGGCCCCUCCCCCCAUGUUAUUGCCUACAAAUUGUACAUGCAAUUUGUUAUUUGUGUUCCCUUUAGCUUUAUUCUUAUACAGAAGAUAAAAAAUUUAGCACUUAAGAAACAGCCAUAAUAUGCUAAUUUGAACCAUGCAUUUACAGUCGGGUAGGCCUUAUAAUAAUUUAGGUGCGACUUCAAAAGGUGCAACCAAUGAUCUUCAAUUGUUAAAUGCAAUAUAUUUAACAAAAUUAAUAGUAAUUAAAUUGUAUUUGUAUCAAUUUCACUACAUUCAUCUGGCUUUUAUCAACUGUUAUACACAUUAUUUGGGGGACAAGGUGUGCCUUACCAUCCCAAGUUAGCUAGUUUGUUCACUUGGCUAGAGUAUGGUGCUAAAGAGACCAGGGUCACAGGUUUGAUACUAGCGCUAGCCAUUUAUUGCCAUGAAAAGAAAAACUGCCAUGGUCACAGACUACACUCCUAAUUCCAGAUAAUUUUAUCAUCAUGGGUAUAUGCAACUCUUAGAUUCUGUGAGUCUGUGUUCCCUUUGGAGGACAGAGUAUGGAAGUCAUUGUUACUGUAUGAAUUGCCUAAGAUUAGGUAGAGUCAUAGCAUAUCAGUCCAUCAUUUAUUAAAUGUCUGCUAUGUGCCUAUGUGCCCUGUAUCUGCUGUGUAAAUAAAAAUGUGAGACAAAAUGAACAAUCCAUGUGCCAUAGGGAUCCAUACAGUUACAAGUUUUACACAGAGUAUCUUUUACCCUGCGAGCCUUUUCUUCAGUACGUUCUCAGCACAGUUGUUAGUCUAAACUGGACCAAAAUCCAGAUUUAGAAAUGCUUUCCAAUUAGAUCCUUGUUAAACUUAAGCGUAAUAACUGGCUUGAUGAGUUGAUAAACCUUACUGUUGUGAGCAAGUUAACAUCUAAGGUAGUCAGAUUAAAAGUAUGGAUUUAGGAUGUUUGUGGAUGCUGAAAACCUACCUUCAGUUACCUUGAAUUCCGAGAGCUCAGCUUUCCCCCAAGUUAAAUGUUUAGUCAGCUGUUACAAAUUUUGUAUUCCUUUCCAGCUGGUAUUUGCUAUUAAAGGUUGUGAGUUCAAGAGUGUGAAGAUAGAAUAUCCUAUUUGGCUGAUGCUACACUGUUUACUCCACAAAUGUUUCUAUGAAGUGCUGUUUAUAUUCAAACAGCUUAGUGUAGAUUCUUGGUAAUAAAAUACUAAACUUGAAAAGCAUCACAGUAUCGGGCUUGUGAAAAGUAGAAUUAAGAAUAAAAAUUUGCAACUCCUUGUUCUAUGGAUCCCAAGUACAUUCCUGAAAUGGAAUUCCUUCCAAAAAUUCCCCAAAAAUUGAAUUUUUAACCUUAGUGAUAUGUGGUUUAAAAAAAAAAUUCAACAUAUUCAUAGGAAAUUUUCAUAUUCUUUCUCUUCCUCCUGAAUUUUGGUUAAGUAAGAGUAAUCUAAUUUUACCUUAACUUUGGGAAGUUUCUUUUUCCUCUGAGCCUUCCAUAAUCCUUUAAACCCAAAUGUAGCAUGUCUGCCUUCUAGGACACAUGAAACAAGUAAAAAAAUUAGAUAGCUUAACUAAUAAUAUGACCUGAAGAAUCACAAAGAAGAAAAAGGCAUUCACUGGGGUAAAUGUUAAGUUUUGGUGGUUUGUAUUUGUAACUGACAAUAUUUUAGUUUAUUUUUCAUCUUUACCACUAGAUUUCAUGUAGUUAUGUGACCUUCGGUAAGUCAUUAGAUGUCUAGGCCUCAGCAUAGAAUUGGGCUCUAGAAAUCUUUCCAAUUCCAACAGUCUGUGAUUCUACCAGCAUGUGACUAAUGUUUUUCAUAUCAUUUUGUUUUCCAAAGGAACCAUUUGGUUCAAAGUGGUAUUUUCCAUGUCAAAGUAUCUGUCACACAGAUUUCCAAAUAACUGGUGACAGAAUUCAAGAGUGACCUUGGAAAGGGAAUUUCAGGUCAUUCCUGUGACUGUUCUUAGCAUAACUCCUAAAUGGGUUGGGGGUGGGGAUUGGCUCAUUAGGAGUUAUGUAACAUAUAUUUUUGUGCUACCAAAUGCAGGAAAGUAUAUUAAUUGUGCACAUCUGCUGUUUAAACUGGAGCUUAUUGACCUCCUUGGUCCUACACAAAAGGGCUAGUAUUUUAAGUUGAGAUUUUGUUGUAAAUUAAUCCAUCUUAAAAAGACUUUUUGUUCAUUUGAAUUUAAAGUUGGUUAUUGUUCUUGUCAAAUGAUUUUUUAAAAAAUAAAACUGGAAAUUCAUUGGUUAUUAA